AUGGGUCUUCAUCGGACGUACGAUGCUCCUCAUCCUCAUCCUAUUGUGAGCUAUCUUGUAAAGGUACCUUCUAUUACAUUGGAGUGUCAGUGCAAGCAUUCAUCUUCUACUUUCUACGGGAUCAAAUACGUAGUAGCGGCGGCAGUAGCAUAUCCGAUGGGUAGACUUUCCGAUAAUGCUGAAGUUGGUAGGAAGAAGUUAGUGUAUGCAGCAUGCACUGUUAUGGCUGCUGUAUACCUCCUCUUCAUGACUGCGCCCUUUAGACCGGCAGACUCCAUUAUAUUAUCGUGUUGUAUCAUAUACGGUGUUGGAUGUGGGUGCUUCCUCAGUGUUGAUUAUGCUAUUGCAUUGGACACACUUCCUAGCAAGCAUCAGCAGAUCAAAUCUAGCGAUGUUGAUGAUACACCACUACUGAUCGAUAGUGAUGAUACAACAGCAAGUGAUGCUGAGAAAGUGGGUACUCUCGACUCAGAAGAUGCUGCAGCCAAGGAUCUCGGCAUCUGGGGCGUAUCGGCCUUCUUGGGCUCAGCCAUAGGACCUCUUCUCUGGGGUGCAACUCUACAGCUAUUUGGUCAUACAUCAAUUGAGGAAGGCCAGGAGGAAGAGACAUACGCCUUCGGAGGUUACGCAUCAAUAAUGAUUGGUGGAUGUAUUGCAUGCAUCCUGGCCGGUAUUUGCAUUGCUUUCGUUAAAGGAACACGAUAA